AUGGCAACUGCUGAUAAAAGCGAAUCAUUACAUCUAUACAAAUUUUUAUGCCAGAAAAUUGGAACGAAGCAGGUUGUUAGACUUAGACGGCUUACUUACACAAUUGCUGACAAUGAACUACAAAAUAUGAAUCCAAUAAGUAGUGGAAGUAGGGGUGAAGGACUAAGUAUGGAAGGCAGUGACAUAGAUAUAAUGCUGAUUAACACUCUUUUCAGAGUUUAUGAAUCAGAAAGGGAUGUUAACAUACGAACAUUCAAUAAUUUAAUUCCUGUUAUUAUGGAUGCAGAGGACACUCUUCCUUGUUUCACAAAGCUACGUCUUCUUUUCAAUGAUCAACAUUUUAAUUAUCAUCAAUUAAUCCAAGCUUCUUUGGUGCAUGAUUGUUUCGGAAAUACUCUGCUUUCAAGUGAAUAUUUUAUCAAGUCUGAUUUAAAUAGAUUUGAUGUAAAACUAGACUUAAAAAUACAUGGACCAUGUAUUUCUGACUGUAAUGGUUCUUUGGACACUGCAACGGCUCUUCAAAGUUAUCAAUGGAUAUCUCCCGCACAAGCUUGGGUUACUAGAUCCCGUACAACAUGGCCUUCACCAAACAUCAUUUCCAAAAUAACCUCCUGUGGUGUUUUGUUUGUUCCAAUCGGGAGUAAAGGAUCCAUUAACGAGAGUGUAGAAUGGCGAAUAUCAUUUUCAGUUGCAGAAAAAUUUCUCAUAUAUUCUUUUAGCCAUACUAUGUUAUUAUGUUAUGCUCUGUUAAAAAUUAUUCUUAAAGAUAUAGUGGAAAAACAGGAAGACUUGAAAGGUUUACUGUGCUCAUAUUUCUUAAAGACAAUGAUGUUUUGGAUUUUAGAGGAAUCGCAACCAUCUGUCUGGAGACCUGAUAACAUCAUUCCAUGUUUCAAGAAUCAAGAAUCUAUGCUGAAACUAACGAAGAAAGAGAAACUUUGCACAGUACUUAAAAUUUUUACCAUUUCUAAUCUUCAAUUUUCUGUUUUGUCAUCAAUCAUUCCACCAGAACUACAUUUGGAUGUACAAAUAUUUCCUGCUUUAAUACCUCCUAAACCAUAUGCACAUUUUCUUCGUUUUCUGUGUUACUAUCAUCUACAUGAUCUCACUGCAUGUACACAUGAUUUACUCAAGUUGCAAAAAACAUCUUUAGAAUUUGAAUUAAAUGAGUGGAAAAUGUUUGCCUUGAUACUUCUUGGCACAGCUUAUCAAGUGAGCGGUGAGAUAGAUAGAGCAAGAGAACUUUUCCUUUAUAUUGCAGAGCUGGAUGAGUGGAACCACACAAGUGCAACAUUAAGACUAUCUACACUCAAUUGA